GGGGGUACCAAUGUAACCCGCUUUACUGCUGAUUUGUUCAAUCAUCGAUGAUACUAUUUUUUCAUAUCUGAUUUUUAAUUCAAGUGCAGUGUAUUACCUAUAUAGUAUAAAAAUGCUACAGUGAUAUAUUAUAAUCGUGUUAUUAAAUUUUAGUGAAGUUUUAUCGUUUAUUGAUUGAACUUUGGAGUACCGAUUAAAUAAUAUAAACUGAAUCUUUAAUUAAAUGUACAGUGUGAGUGAGAGAUCGAAGAUUGAUAAAAGAAAUGCAUAUAUAAUCCCCUUGAAGAACUAGCAACAAUUAAAGAAUUAACUUCAAUGUACGCGAGUAUUCACUAGAGGAUAUCAAAGAUUUUUUUUUUUAUAAAUGUUACUGAUCAAAUAUUCUCAGUAUUGUUUUAACGAAACAAGUUCAAGAUGUCCGAUGAACAGCUCCAAAAAUCGGGAUUGUCGAAGAAAGCGAGCGACACCGCGGAAAAUUCGAGGAUAUGUUCUUUCAGUAUCGAGAGAUUAUUAGCACCAAGUAAGAAGAACGAAGAAAAAAAUAAAUUUGCACAACAAAUCGAUUUGUCAUUACUUUGCCAAGAAAAUAAUGAAUCGGAGACGAGAAUGCUUGUUGCACCCGAUUCAUCCAUGUCAAUGGCGGAGGAAAUUGAGCUUGACGAUACCGACAUAGUAUGCUCGACAUCUCCCGAGCCAGAGAUAUAUUAUGAAGCGUGCACCAGCAGUAGUGGUGCAAAUUCAACCACGAGCGCGGACAGAGAUAUUCAAGAAAAGACCGCCGCCGCUAUUAGUGACGACGAAAGGAAGAAAAGGCCACGCACGGCAUUCACCGCUGCGCAAAUUAAAUCUUUGGAGGCGGAAUUCGAAAGGAACAAGUAUUUGAGCGUGGCAAAGCGGCUGCAGUUGAGCAAAAACUUGAAGCUUACGGAAACGCAAAUAAAGAUAUGGUUCCAAAAUAGACGGACCAAAUGGAAAAGAAAGUACACUAAUGAUGUCGAAUUAUUGGCUCAGCAAUAUUAUUCCAGUCUAGGAAUUCCAGCUCCACGACCUAUUUUCGUUGGUGAUCGCUUAUGGUUCUUCAAUUACCCGGGACAACCACAAUCGGGAGUAUCAUUGAUCCCACAACAUUUAACACCGUUGGCCAUGCCUCCUGCAUUACCCAUUAUUCAACCAUUGCCCAGUAAUUUGUCAGCGAGACAACAAACGUCUAUUUUCCAAAAUAUACCGACUAAUUAUCUCGCGCAUCAUCUUACUCAAAGAUUGGACUUCAGGCAUCGCGAUCCUUAGUUUCAGGUAAACAAGUGUUAUCAGUGACGGACAAUAUAAAACGUUAACAAUUAAAUUAUUUAACAUGCCGUAUGAUAUUAAAUUAAUGAAAAAUGGAGAUGUAUUAGAUUAUAAUUUGAGAUUUGUGAAUGUAUUACGAUUAAUUUAAAAAAAAUAU